AUGAAUCAGCCGGAAUUUGGUGGCGUCCAUAAUGUUUAUAAGUAUUACCAGCAAAUUCAGCAACCUAUUCCAGACCUAUUAAUACCGGCUCCGCCUCUGAGUCACGACACUCAUAAAGAUUAUAGGGUUCAGGACGAUCGUGCUAAACUUUUAGAAAAAAUUAAUCAGGAUAGCGAAUUGAGGGUUCUAGAGAGGCCCGAGUUACCUGAGAAGGAAAAACAGGAGCCUCCAUUGAGGGCACCCGAACUGCCUGGUGUUAGUGAGCCUGUCCUUGCGCCCCCGAAUAAAUUACCAUCAGCUCCUACGAUAACCAACGGAGAGGAUUCGGAUCCUGAAACCAGAGCCCGCAGGAUAAAGUCAAAGAGCAGAAUAGACGUUCAUCCUAACCAAUUAGCAUGUCGUGUAUACCUGGAAGGCCAGCCGACCAGGCUUAAAAGUAAAUACCUGGAGGCCUAA